AGCAGACACGGGGACGGACGGAGGAGACAGAAAAGGAUCAGAGGAAAGGACCCAGUCUUCUCCUUUUAAAGGCACCCUCCGAAAAAUCUCCGCGUCCCAGGCUCCCAGCUCGUCCGUCCCCCCGUUCCAUUACAACAAAAGAUCGAGCUAGCAAGCUUUGCGGUCGACUUCUGGAGCAUUCGAGUUCUUUUCCAGUAAAAUUUCUCAGUUUUAAGCGCGGAUUGAGGGCAGAGCUGCUGGAGAUUUGGAGCAUUUGGGGUUCGGUUUCGCGCGCUUUGAGGAGCGAAUCGGGCGGGUACAGCCGCGCUCACGUGCAUACAAGGCGAAUUGGCGGUUUCUUGGCUACAAUUGUUCGGUUCUUAUCUUUCUUGAAGGGCGGUGCAGAUUGGAGGAUUCUUCCCGAAUCGGGAAGGCGUAAAGCCAAAUUCGCAAGGAAGCUGCAGCUAUCCGCGCGACGAGGCUGCCUCGCGCAAAUUCGGUUGGUGCCAUCCCGGCGGUGAGCUGCUUUGGGGCUUCUUGGAAGGUUCGUAUAUUUCGGUUCAGAGUGAAGAAGUGAUUCUGAAGGCCUCGGCCUUCUCGUCCCCAAUUCGAUCCCUUUCCCGAGACGGUGAUUGGGUCGUAGAUGGGGGCGGCGGGGUCCAGCAUCCUGGGCGCGGACGGAGAGUGGGGGGAGACGUCUCUCGGCGACAUGCCGGAGAGCUGCGUGGCGGCGGUGCUCCUCUACCUCGACCCGCCGGAGAUCUGCCAGGUUGCCCGCCUCAACCGCGCCUUCCGCGGCGCCGCCUCCGCGGACUGCGUCUGGGCCGCCAAGCUCCCCGCCAACUACCGCUACCUUGCGGCCCUAGCUGCGGCCGCCGAUGACGAGGGCCGUGGCGAUGGGGAUGCCAAUGGCAAGCGCUUCUCCCUUGCGGCGCGUAAGAAGGAGAUUUACGCUCGCCUGUGCCGAUCCACCCUCUUUGAUGCCGGCACAAAGGAAUUCUGGAUUCUGAAGGACAAGGGAGGUCUUUGCAUCAGUAUAUCAUCAAAGGCAAUGACUAUUACUGGGAUAGAUGAUCGGAGGUACUGGAGCCACCUUGCCACAGAGGAAUCAAGAUUCCAUAGUGUUGCCUAUCUUCAGCAGAUUUGGUGGCUUGAGGUAGAUGGGGAGCUUGAGUUCUGCUUUCCUGCUGGUGCCUACAGCCUUUUUUUUCAUCUUCACCUGGGCCGGCCCUAUAGGCGCAUGGGUCGUCGGCUUUGUGGAACUGAGCAUGUGCAUGGGUGGGAUGUCACGCCCACGCGGUUCCAACUCACAACCUCUGAUGAGCAGCAGGCCACGUCUGAGUAUUAUCUGCAUCUGCACGAACAAGGGGGCUGGAAGCUUUACCAUGUUGGUGAUUUUGUCGUAUCAGACUCUGAUGAGCCCAUCAAACUCAAGUUCUCAAUGAUGCAGAUCGAUUGCACACAUACCAAAGGUGGCUUGUGCGUUGAUUCUGUGUUUAUAUAUCCUAAAGGGUACAAGCCUGAGAAGGCGAGCAUAGUCGACACAUAGUUCGCAAAGUUGGCCUUGUAGCUCUCCUGCAAGAUGAAACAAGAGGCAAUUCAAAUGUGGAUGGCUAGCCUUUUUCCUGGCCAUCCUUACCUGAAAGCCCAUUGUAUAUUCUUUUUGUUUUUUUUUCCUUUUAUUCUGAUAGUUUUGCAUGAAUGUAAAGCCUUUUUUUUUGGUAGUGUUAGUUAAACAGGUGGAGAAUAGGGGAGUGAAGUGAGACUCGAGUCAUUGAGUGCAGUGUUAGCUCAAAAGAGGCGGUAGAUUGCCAUCUGCAUCUGUAAUUUUCAUCACUAUAAUAAUGAUGUACGGCGAGCUGGAUUGAUAUUUCUUUGCAGUCUUCCAUAGUUCUAAGGCCAGAAAACCUGUAGUAUCUGUUAUCA